AUGUCUCCCCGGCGGGGAGGGGGCUGCCUUGGAGACUCGCUGAGCAGCCCCCCCCGGCGGCCCCUCCGCAGCAGCAGCAGCAGCCCCCGCGGCGCCCCGCCCCCGGCCCCGGCGGCGGAGGCCUGGAGGAGCCGCCCCCCCGCCGCCGCCCCCCCAGCCUCGCAGCCCCCGCCGCCCCGGAGCCGCGAAGAGAGCGGCGGGCGCCCCCCGGGGAAGAUGAAGGCGGAGGGUGCAGAUAACUCCAUGAUCAACCUGUCGGUGCAGCAGGUCCUGAGUCUCUGGGCCCACGGGACGGUGCUGAGGAACCUCACGGAGAUGUGGUAUUGGAUCUUUCUGUGGGCUCUCUUCUCUUCUCUCUUUGUCCAUGGUGCUGCAGGAGUAUUGAUGUUUGUCAUGCUACAGAGACACAGGCAGGGAAGAGUCAUCUCUGUCAUUGUGGUCAGCAUUGGAUUUCUGGCUUCCAUAACAGGAGCAAUGAUAACCAGUGCGGCAGUAGCUGGCAUCUACAGAGUAGCAGGGAAAAACAUGGCUCCCUUGGAAGCAUUGGUGUUAGGGGUUGGACAGACUGUACUGACAUUAAUCAUCUCCUUUUCAAGGAUCCUUGCAACACUUUGA